GACGGCUUCCGGGAUUUGGCGGGGCCUUUGUCUCUAGCUGCUGCGGGAGCUCCAGGUCUAGUCUUUACUGCUCUGUGUAUUCUGCUCCUAGAGGCCCAGCCUCUGUGGCUCCGUUAUCUGCAGGUAUUGAGAGAUGCACAGCUAAGAUGCCAGGACCACCUGGAAGCCUAGAAAUGGGACCACUGACAUUUAGGGAUGUGGCCAUAGAAUUCUCUCUGGAGGAGUGGCAAUGCCUGAACACUGCACAACGGAAUUUAUAUAGGAAAGUGAUGUUUGAGAACUACAGAAACCUGGUCUUCCUGGGUAUUGCUGUCUCUAAGCCUCACCUGAUAACCUGUUUGGAGCAAGGAAAAGAGCCCUGGAAUAGGAAGAGACAGGAGAUGGUAGCCAAACCCCCAGAAUCUCAUUCUGUCGCCCAGGCUGGAGUGCAGUGGUGUGAUCUCGACUCACUGCAACCUCUGCCUCCCGAGUUCAAGCAAUUCUCUUGCCUCAGCCUCUCGAGUAGCUGGAAUUACAGUUAUAUAUUCUUAUUUCACUGAAGACCUUUGGCCAGAGCAUAGCAUAAAAGAUUCUUUUCAAAAAGUGAUACUGAGAGGAUACGGAAAAUGUGGACAUGAGAAUUUACAAUUAAGAAUAAGUUGUAAAAGUGUGGAUGAGUCUAAGGUGUUCAAAGAAGGUUAUAAUGAACUUAACCAAUGUUUGACAACUACCCAGAGCAAAAUAUUUCAAUGUGAUAAAUACGUGAAAGUCUUUCAUAAAUUUUCAAAUUCAAACAGUCAUAAGAAAAGAAAUACUGGAAAGAAGUUUUUCAAAUGUAAAGAAUGUGGCAAAUCAUUUUGCAUGCUUUCACAUCUAACACAACAUAUAAGAAUUCACACUAGAGAGAAUUCUUACAAAUGUGAGGAAUGUGGCAAAGUUCUUAACUGGUUCUCAGAGCUUAUUAAACAUAAGGGAAUUCAUAUGGGAGAGAAACCCUACAAAUGUGAGGAAUGUGGCAAAGCCUUUAACCAAUCCUCAACCCUUAUUAAACAUAAGAAAAUUCAUAUUGAAGAGAAACCCUUCAAAUGUGAAGAAUGUGGCAAAGCCUUUAGUUUAUUCUCAAUCCUUAGUAAACAUAAGAUAAUUCAUACUGGAGACAAACCUUACAAAUGUGAUGAAUGUCACAAAGCCUUUAACUGGUUUGCAACCCUUACUAACCAUAAGAGAAUUCAUACUGGAGAGAAACCCUUCAAAUGUGAAGAAUGUGGCAAAGACUUUAACCAGUUUUCAAACCUUACUAAACAUAAGAAAAUUCAUACUGGAGAGAAACCCUACAAAUGUGAAGAAUGUGGCAAAGCUUUUAACCAGUUUGCAAACCUUACUAGACAUAAGAAAAUUCAUACUGGAGAGAAAUCCUACAAAUGUGAAGAAUGCGGCAAAGCUUUUAUACAGUCCUCAAACCUUACUGAACAUAUGAGAAUUCAUACUGGAGAGAAACCCUACAAAUGUGAAGAAUGUGGCAAAGCUUUUAAUGGGUGCUCCAGCCUUACUCGACAUAAGAGAAUUCACACUAGAGAGAAUACCUACAAAUGUGAAGAAUGUGGCAAAGGCUUUACUUUAUUUUCAACCCUUACUAACCAUAAAGUAAUUCAUACUGGAGAGAAAUCCUACAAAUGUGAUGAAUGUGGCAAUGUUUUUAACUGGCCUGCAACUCUUGCUAAUCAUAAGAGAAUUCAUGCUAGAGAGAAACCCUACAAAUGUGAAGAAUGUGGCAAAGCUUUUAACCGGUCCUCACACCUUACUAGACAUAAGAAAAUUCAUACUGGUGAGAAACUGUACAAACCUGAAAAAUGCGACAGUAAUUUUGAUAACACCUAAAACUUUUCUAAACAUAAAAGACACCAUCCUGUUGAGAAACCCUAAAAAUGUGAAGAAUUUGACAAAGCCUUCCAAUGAUUGUUACACUUGCUUGUAGGUAAGAUAAUUUAUAUUGGAGAAAACUUUAUAAGUGUAAAGAAUGUGACAAAACUUAACCAAUACUCACAUCUUAUUGCACAGGAAAGCAUUUUUACUUGAGAAAGAUUGUACAAGUAUAAAGAAUGUGAAAAAGUCAUUGAUAUCUUUUCACAUCUUACUCAACACCAGAGUUUAUACUUAUUAAAAGCAUUAUAAUGCAAUUACUGUCAAAAGAAAUUUCAGAAAAUAUAACACUUUAAAGUGAAGAAGCAUGUUUAUUUUGAAGACAAACAUAACAAAUAUAAGGAGCAUAGGAGGGUUGUAGUACCUUUACUUGUAUUACAAAUCUUAUUGUACACAUUUUGUACUAGAGAAAAACACUGAAGCAGUUGCUCAAACUUUGUUCAACAUCAGGGAAUUUAUAUUGGAGAAAAAUCCUGCAAAUGUAAUGAAUUUGGAAAAACAUUUUUUUUCAAAAACUACAGCGUAGAAGACACGAGUUUAUAUUGAAAUGUGUUUUUGCAGAUGCAGUAAGUAUGAAAAAUAUUUAAUCCAAAAUUGAGUCUAUGUAAAUAUUAAAUAAUUUACAGUAGAAAUAACUAAGGCACUGACACUUUAGACAUUACACUAAAACAGAGUGUUGAGUAUAAAAAAAUCUAUAAGUUGUUAGAUUAUUUGUAAAUAACUUUAAAAGGAGUAGAAGAUUCUUUGGAGAGUUAUAAUUACAUUGAAAGUAUACUUUUUUUCUUGAAAAAAUUAUAGCUUAUUUGAAAAGUAAAUAAUGAUGAAAUUCAACUCUCAAAUUACUUUAUUUCAUUCCUAUUGUAUUCACAUGUGAAAGCAUGUGAUAAAUUGUUGCUGUGUCAGAUAUAGGAGAGAUUCUUUUUUAUUAGAUGGGCAUUAUUUAUGGUUUUUUCUGUGGAAGAGUAUGGGCAUUAAAAUGUAAGGUUUAUGAUGAAAAUCUAAGUGGAGAGGCCCUUGUUAGUUUACUUUUCAUAUUGAGUGAUGCAUGAGGUAGGUGUUCAGAGUAAUGUUCUGCAUCAUAGAGAAAAGCAUUUUUAACUUUAAAUUAAAUGUAAUUAAAUUACUAGUGAAUCAUUUUACUAAUUGUACUUUUAUGCUAUAAAUGCAGUACAUUUGAAAAUUUUUAGAUUAUGUAUAAGCUUAAUUUUGUAAUUAAACAUUUCUUUAACAUUUUAA